AUGAGCGCGCUCUUCGGGUCCGUGGCCGCCAAGCUGGCGCGCUGCAUGCCGAGGAUGAUGCUCGACGUCGCUUUGAAGAUCAUCAUCCGACGGAGAGUCUCGCCUCGGCCACCGUCUCGCAUAUUGUCGCUCAAGCAAGUCGUGGUAUUCGGCGAUGGCGCGCCCUCCGGCAUGUAUCGAAUCCCGAGCUUGCUACGCCUACCCGAUGGAACGCUUUUCGCGCUCUGCGAGGAACGGCUCGAGCGGGCCGACUCGGGCUCGGUGCGCGUCGUCGCCCGCUCUUCGUCAGACGGUGGGUCGACGUGGUCGGCGUUGCGAAUCGUCGCGAGCGGCGCAGAGAUCGGCUUAGAGAUGGCGGGUGCCACGGUCGGAAAUCCGUGCUGCGUGUACGACGCGGUGCGCGACCGCAUCGUCCUGCUCGUCACUGUCAACGACGGCUCGGCGCACGAGUCGGCCAUCUGCGCGAGGCACGCUCGGCGGCGGCGUGUGUUUGUCCUCUUCAGCUCGGACGGCGGGCUCGAGUGGUCUUCCCCCUCGGAGAUCACGUCUGCCGUCAGCGAGGACGACUGGACGUGGUGCGGCCUCCUCGGCAGCCGCUUCGAGCUGCGCAGCCACACGGUCCUGAGCGACGACGGCGAGCACUUCCGCAAGGGCGGCGCCUCGCCCGCCGCCGAGACUAACGAGUCCACCGUCGCCUCCGAGCAGCUCUCCGACCCGCUGCCGGCGGGCUGCCACGCCUGCCUCCUCGCCGUCCCGGGCGGAGUCCUGUACAGCGGCCCCGCGGGCAAGGCGUCCGCCCUCGGCCUGGGCGGGUCGGUGGCUCGCUUCUGGAGGGAGGAGCUCUACAGCCUCCUGCGGAAGAAGCUCAGCGGCCGGGGGCACGCCAAGGGGAGCUCCGCCUUCUGGGAGGGGAGGCACACGCUGCAGCUCCGCUUCUCGCCCGACGGGCUCGACUGGGCCGCCCCGCCCCUCACCAUCCACGCGGGCCCCGCCGCGUACAGCUGCGCGGAGGCGCUCGGCGGCGCGGCGAGCGGCGUCGGCGUCCUCUUCGAGGCGGGCGAGUCGCGGCCCGACGAGACGAUCCGCUUCUGCCGCGUCCCGCCCAGCUGGCCGUGCGCCGAGAACUGAUUGA